AUGACACCAUCUGACAAGAGAAUCCCCUUUAAGUUUCAACGAAGGCAAUUUCCACUGGUUGUUUCGUUCGCUAUGACUAUCAAUAAAAGUCAAGGGCAGUCGCUUAAUCAUGUUGGAGUCUACCUGUCUCAACCAGUUUUCUCUCAUGGUCAGCUGUAUGUUGCCCUGUCUAGAGUUACUUCUAAGAAAGGGUUGAAGGUAUUGAUUCAUGAUGACGAGGGUAAUGAUACAAACGUCACAUCAAAUGUGAAAAAGUCAGAAAUGAUGUAUGAGAAAAGAUUGUCCGAGUCCAAAUACUUGGGAGGUGACUCUUUCACCUUGGUGGAUUUGCAUCACUUACCCUCCCUUCAUUACUUGAUGAAGUCACAAAGCAAGAAAGUGUUUGAAUCACGACCUUAUGUUAUUGCUUGGGUGGCUGAUAUCACUGGAAGACCAGCUUGGUCUAAAGUCCUUGCCAUGAUACCUAAUUAA